UGGCACAACAGUUAACGUUAGCAACCGACGCUGCGUUAGUCCUAGCUACGUAAUUUCACUUUGGGCGCAUAAAGCGGAGAAUAACGCUGUGGUCUGUACCCCUGGUGACAGAAAGCGAAUAAAAAAGAGCAACUUCUGCAAAAGGCAAGACUGAUGUACAGCCCCACUGAAUGUAAUCUUCUUUGGUGGUAACUAAAUAAUAAUAGCUAAGGAUGGAUGCAACAGUCAAACCUUUAAGGAUUCCUCCUGAAAUGUCUAUCUAUGCAGAGAAGCAUGAAAUAUUUGACCUUAUUCAGACACUUGUGAGAAACCUCGUGGUAGACAAGCCUGUAGAUCCUAUUCAGUACCUGAUUGAAAUGCUGAAAAGAGAAAGCAUAGAAGUGCCAAGGAUUAUGCUAUUGGGACCACCAGCUUCGGGGAAAAGAACCAUCGCUAAAAAGUUGUGUGAGCACAUUGGUGCAAUCCACAUAACUGCUAGUGAUAUCCUUAAAGAUGACACUGACCUGACCAGAGCUGCACAAGAAUACACAGAGAAGAAUAAGGAGAUCCCACGAGAGCUUUGGAUCAAGCUGAUUCAGGAGCGUCUGUCAAAGGUUGACUGCGUGAGGCGGGGCUGGGUACUAGAAGCCAUCCCCAAAACCCGAGAAGAGGCUCUGUGUCUUCAGGAGGCCGGCAUUGCCCCAGAGCAUGUUGUGAUACUGCAGGCACCUGAUGCCGUCUUGAUUGAAAGGAGUCUGGGCAAGAGGAUAGACCCUGUCACAGGAGAUGUGUAUCAUGUUACAUUCAUGUGGCCUGAGAGUGCAGAGGUGGCUCAGCGCCUUGAGAGGCCACAGGGCCUGAUUUCGGAGGAUGUAAUAUCCCGUCAGCUGCAGGCAUACCACAGGGAAGCCCAUGCUGUACAGCACACCUACCAGAGCUGCCUGAAGAUCAUUGAUGCUGACCAACCCCAUGUUGACGUGUUUGCGCAAGUGUUGACGUACGUUCUAUCCAGGCACCGCUCUGCCGCACCUCACACUCCCAGAGUCAUCCUGCUCGGACCGCCAGGAUCUGGGAAAAGCCUGCAGGCCAGGCUUAUUGCCCAGAAAUACAACAUUGUCAGCAUUUGUUGUGGCGAGCUUCUGAAGGCAGUGGCAGCGGAUGAGAGCAGUAUGGGAGAGCUCAUUAAACCCUUCCUGGAGUCAGGACGGCGAGUUCCAGACUCCAUGGUGCUGCAGAUCCUGACUGAGCGGCUGAGCAGGUUGGACUGUGUCACACGAGGCUGGGUCCUGCACAGCUUCCCACAAGAUGUGGAGCAGGCCGAGGCGCUGCAGGAGUCAAACUUCAGCCCUAGCAGAGUCUUCUUUUUGGAGAUGACUGAUGAUGUUGCUGUUGAGCGGCUGACUCUCAGGGCCAUUGAUCCGGUGACUGGAGAAAGGUAUCACUCUCUGUACAAGCCCACCCCAAGUGCGGAAGUGCAUGCACGGUUGAGGUAUAACCCCUGUGACUCAGAGGCUGAGGUUCAGAGGAGGCUGAAGGAGUACUGGACCCAUGCAUCUGCCCUACAGGGUUUCUACCCACAGGCUGUGCGAGUCAAUGCUGACCAGGAUCCACACACUGUGUUUGAGUGCCUGGAGAGCAGGCUGGUCGGCCGUCUUCCCAAAGUACUGCCUGACAGGGCCUAAGAGUGGGAUAUUUUAGUACAUGUUUAUAAUGUGUUCAAACACAUCAGAUUCAGAUGAAAUAGGCUUAAUUAAUACUCUAGCAUUUUUCAGCCUAAUCGUCAUCUGCUACAUCUGUGUAGUGCAGUCGAUUACCAAAGAUUAUAAUUUAGAUAUGUUUUCAUGUGCUUGGAAAAGAAUAGAAAACUUGUGAGUCAAAAAAGUGAGUCAAAACACACUUAUAGUAGGAGCAAAUUAGCAAUUACUUCAGCCAAAGUUGUUCAAAAGUUGAUUCAUGUAAGUCCGAGUCUUUGGCGUGCCAGUCCAAGUUGAGUCUCGGGUUUCUGGGGUGCAUGUCCAAGUUAAGUCUCAAGUCCUUGGGGUGCAAAUCCAAGUUUAAUCUCGAGACUCUGGGGUGCAAGUGCGACUCCUGUCUUGGGUAUCUGGGGUGUGAGUCUUCAUUCUUUAGUGUAAAAGUUUGGAUUUACUCUCAGUUUUAGUAGCAGACAUUAAAUUUUUCAAAAUUAAACUUCUAAUAAAAUCCUGUCAGAGUUGACAUGUCUUCAGAUAACAAGCUUUUCAUUUUAAAAAAAAACCUUCAGUCUGACAGACAGAACCGAACUGCUACACGUAAAUGGAGUGUUUAGAGGACAGAGGCAAAAAAAACUUGAAACAGUUUCCAUAGUUCAUAUAGCACGUGAGGUAGCUAGUUAGCUAGCAGCUAAUCCAUCUGAAACUUUAGUACAUUUUAGACCACAGGAUUGUGGUCUGUAAUCACAGCUUUAUGAAGAUUAACAGUCUUUCUUGAUCCCUUAAAGUGAAACAGGCUGAGUUCUGAUUGGCUGCCCUGUAUUGCAUCUCAUAAAAGCACUCAGAGCACUCAGAGCUGAAACACUCCCUAGAACUUUAAUAAGAAUGGGCGGGGUUGAACUGCUGUGGGCUGAAUAGUUGAAUAUAUGCAAAGGCUGUUUUUGCAGUUUGGUUUCUAUAUAUGGACUGUGUCGACUGGGUAGUUAUGGUAUCUUUUGAAACUUUGACAAUGUUUACAUAUUACUUCAAACUCCUUAAUUUAAAAAAAAACCUGUGUGUUUCUUUUCUCAGGCUGAAAUUUCACUAUUCAUAAGUCUCGAGUCAUUCGAGGAUGAAUCCGAGUCGAUUCACGAGUCAGUCAACAUGUGACUCAUGUACAACUUGAGUCUGAGUUGCUGACUCCAGCUCCCAUCUUUGACUUCAGCCAAUGAGUUUUCUGUCUUUUUACUAAGUACAAGGAAAUGUAUCAAUGUUGUUGUCAGCAUUGCUCAACCAUAUGUAAUAGUUACACAAGAAGAGAUUAGGUUGAAAAAUGAUGGAAUAAAACCAAAAGCUAUAGUGCUACAGACUGUAGCACAGCAGUCUCAGGUAAUUAGAUAAUUCACAUUUUACAAGUGCUCCUGAUAAAUAGAUAAACUGAUCCUGUUAAUAAAAGUUUACGGAAGUUCCAAUUUGGUGUUUUAGGUUUGUUUUUCAUCUGUGCUGCUUUCACAGAGAUUUAUAUUUACAUGCAGCACACAUACUUUUAUAAAUAGAGAUACAGUGCCUCAUGUAUGUAACUCUUCACCCAAGACCUCUAAGGGGCAAUUACAUGCCUUUGCCCUAAGUUAUACUACAUAUCAAGCAAAAGUGAAUUAAACAUCCGGCUCCUCUGUAGUUCCUCUGGUCGGUAAUCACUCCUGGCUUGUUGACCCCAGCUGAUCACAGGGGAGUACAGCGAACCAGCUAAUUAUACACGUGUUUAAUUAAUGUCGCAAUAAAAUGCAGCCUGUCCGGGCCCUUUGUCAGGGGUAGUAUUAGUCGCGCUUCGGUAGCCUCAUGCUAAGGAGCAAGAGCUGCUCUGAUUAUUAAGCCCUCUCUCCCCCGUCUCUCUUUCUCUCUCUCUUGUUCUCUCUCUCUUGUUCUUUCUCUCCCGUUCUCUCUCCACUCGCAGAGGUCACUGGAUUGGCUCCCAAAGGGAAGGAAAGGAGUUAAGUGCACUGGUUAGAGAGACAUGUUUAACAGCCUGGUUUUCAAACUCCCCUCAGAUUCUGUGCCAUGACAGGCAGACACUGACUUAAUUAUAGCUGAUGAGGUCCAGAAUAUGAAUCUCCUCUGCAUACAUAAACACAAGGAUAAGGGGGUAUAUUCAUUGGGUGAGUUAGUGGCAGAAGUGUGAUGUGUUUUUUAAUUAGACAGGCAUUAUGAUCUCAGCUCCAUCUCAGCACACAGCCUGUUUACUCUCCAAAGAAAGACCAAAUUUGUUAGCACAUAUGUGAAUCUUCCCGAAUGAGAGGAACAUUCUGGGAGAGGGAAAACAGUGUGGAGAUUCUGAUGAAAUGAGCUUAACUAAAUGAAGCCAAAAGCUGCGGUACAGAUUUUUAGCACAGAUGCCUGCAGUAGUUAGAU